AUGGCCCCCGCCGGACCACCCAGCGCCCUGUGGGCGAAGCUGCUGCUAACCCUGUCGGUCUUAAGUUUUACUUGUGAAGCCUGCAAAAAUGUUAUAUUUAAUGUACCUUCCAAACUUGAGGCAGACAAAGUGAUGGGCAGAGUUAAUUUGAUGGAGUGUCUCAAGUCUGCAGAUGUCAUCCAGUCAAGCGACCCUGAUUUCAGAGUUUUGGGUGAUGGGUCAGUAUUUACCGCCAGAGCUGUUGUGUUUUCUGAUGAGAAAAGAUCUUUCACCAUAUUACUUUCUGACACCAAGAAACAGACACAGAAAGAUAUUAUCGUGCUCCUGGAACAUCAGAAGAAGGUACUGAGGAAGAGGCACAUUAAAGAGACUGUCCUCAGGAGAUCCAAAAGGCGAUGGGCCCCUAUUCCUUGUUCCAUGCAGGAGAAUUCCUUGGGCCCGUUCCCAUUGUUUCUUCAGCAAGUUCAAUCUGAUGCAGCACAGAAUUAUACCAUCUUAUACUCAAUAAGUGGACGUGGAGUUGAACAGGAACCUUUAAAUUUAUUUUACAUUGAAAAAGACACAGGAAACUUGUAUUGCACUCGGCCUGUUGAUCGUGAAGAAUAUGAUGUCUUUGAUCUGAUUGCCUACGCGUCAACUGCAGAUGGGUAUUCUGCUGAUUUACCUCUACCACUGCCCAUCCGAGUGGAGGAUGAAAACGACAACUACCCGAUCUUCACCCAGAACACUUAUAAUUUUGAAAUUCUAGAAAGUAGUAGACUUGGUACGACAGUAGGAGUGGUUUGUGCCACGGACAGAGACGAGCCUGAUACGAUGCACACGCUGCUGAAGUAUAGCAUUGUGGAGCAGAUGCCACGGUCACCUGGGUUCUUCUCUGUGAAUCCCCAAACAGGUGUCAUUACCCUGGCCUCUCCCUCUCUGGACAGAGAGAUGAUGGACCAGUAUAAAUUGAUAAUGAAGGUCCAAGACAUGAAUGGGCAGUUUUUUGGAUUGGCAACUACGUCAACUUGUCUGAUAACAGUGAAUGAUUCAAACGACAAUGCACCAAUUUUCAGACAAAAUGCAUAUGAAGCAUCAGUGGACGAAAAUAAAUACAAUGUGGAAAUCUUACGAUUACCUAUAGACGAUAAGGAUUUAAUAAACACCGAGAACUGGAGAGCCAAUUUCACCAUUUUAAAGGGCAAUGAAAAAGGACAUUUCAAAAUUAGUACCGACAAAGAAACUAAUGAAGGUGUACUCUGUGUUAUAAAGCCCCUGAAUUAUGAAGAAAACCGACAAGUGAUCCUGGAAAUCGGAGUAAGCAAUGAAGUUCCACUAACUAGAGAGUUUCAGAAUAGAUUAACAUCCAUGAGCAGAGCUGUGGUUACAGUCAAUGUGAAGGAUGAGGAUGAGGGCCCUGAAUGUAACCCUCCAGCUCAGUACGUACGGAUUAAAGAAAACUCGGCGGUUGGAUCAAAGAUCAAUGGCUAUAAGGCAUAUGACCCAGAAACAAGAAGCAGCAAUGGUUUAAGAUAUAAAAAAUUGCAUGAUCCUAAAGGAUGGAUCAAUAUUGAUGAAAUUUCAGGGUCAAUUAUGACUUCCAAAAUCCUGGACAGGGAGACAAUGGCUCCUCAAAAUGAUUUAUAUAACAUUACAGUCAUGGCAACAGACCAAGAGGGUAGAUCAUGCACUGGGACCCUUGUAGUCAACAUUGAAGACGUGAAUGACAACGCGCCAGAGAUGGUUCAUAAUUAUCUAACAAUUUGCAAACCAAGGAUGGGCUACGCUGACAUUUCAGCUGUUGAUCCCGAUGGAGCUGACAAUGGACCUCCGUUUUCUUUCUCCUUGGCCAAUGCCCCUCCAGAAAUAAAUAGAAUAUGGACUCUGACCCAAGUCAAUGAUACAACAGCCCGUCUUUCCUAUCAGAAUACUGCUUACUUUCAAGAAUAUAAUAUUCCUGUUACCAUAAAAGACAGAGAAGGUCAAUCUGCGACCAAAGUUUUGAGAGUUAACCUGUGUGACUGUGUUCAUCCCAGUCAGUGUAAAGCAGCUUUAAGGAGUGGAGGAAUCCAUCUUGGAAAAUGGGCAAUCCUGGCCAUACUGCUGGGUGUGGCGCUGUUAAGCUGUGUAUUGCUGACAUUAGUAUGUGGAGUUGUUGGUACCGGAAAAGGAAAACAUUUCCCUGAAGACUUAGCACAGCAAAACCUAAUUAUAUCAAACACAGAAGCACCUGGAGAUGAUCGAGUGUGUUCUGCCAAUGGGUUUGUGACUCAGAGUAUGAACAACUCCAGCCAAGGCUUUUGUGGCACCAUGGGAUCAGGAGUCAAAAAUGGUGGACAAGAAACCAUUGAGAUGGUGAAAGGACACCAGACGUUGGAAUCCUGCCGGGGAGCAGGGCAUCACCACACCCUGGACGUGUGUAAAGGAGGGGGACACCACACCCUGGAUUCCUGCCGAGGAGGACAUGCAGAGAUGGACAACGGCAGAUACACGUACUCCGAGUGGCAUAAUUUCACUCAGCCACGUCUUGGUGAAAAAUUAAAUAUGUAUAAUCAGAAUGAAGACCAUGUGCGAGCUCAAGAUUACGUCCUUACGUAUAACUAUGAAGGAAGAGGCUCUCCGGCGGGGUCAGUAGGCUGUUGCAGCGAAAAGCAGGAGGAAGAUGGACUUGACUUUCUGAACAAUUUGGAGCCCAAAUUCUCUGCAUUAGCAGAAGCAUGUGUAAAAAGAUAG